CAACUCUCAUGUAUUUACGCAACACUACAGCUGUUUGCCUAUCAACACUAAUUCAGUGAAUAGUUUCUCAACUGACCGCUAUCCAUGUAAAGAGGACGCUAGUAUCACCUCUCAAUUAUUAGGUCGGUAUGACAGUAAAUUUGAGCCACGAAAGUUCGUAAGGUGUAAUUUACACCGUGUAAGGUCUACUCGUUUGCCUUGUCUGUGCCGGCAUCGCGUAUACGUAGUCUUGCUCUGUAGCAUGUUCUUCAAGUUGUUUGAUUUUCGUAUCUUUCUUCUUUCAUCCGUGUAAAUUUCGGAACAGCAGCAAGCAGCAUGGCUGAGUUGCUUUUAGAUCCAAACAUUCGGGGUUGGGUGUUCUUGCCAAUUGUUGUAAUUACGUUUCUCGUGGGAAUAAUCCGUCAUUACGUUUCGAUAUUACUUGCCUCGCAGAAAAAAGUUAAAGUUCAUCAAGUGCAAGACAGUCAAGUGAUGAUACGCUCUAGAUUACUUAGAGAAAAUGGCCAAUAUAUUCCAAAAAUGGCAUUUAUUAGUAGAAGGCAUUUCUUCAAUAACGAGGAAACAGGGUAUUUUAAAACACAAAAACGUGCUGUGUCGCAAAACCCAAUGACAGAUCCAAAUAUGAUUAUUGAUAUGUUGAAAGGAAACGUAACUAAUGUUUUACCAACUGUGCUCAUAGGUGGAUGGAUCAAUUGGAUGUUAUCUGGUUUUGUUACAACCAAAGUGCCAUUUCCAUUGACAUUGCGUUUCAAACCAAUGUUGCAACGUGGUAUAGAAUUAGUUACCCUUGAUGCUGCAUGGGUUUCAUCUGCAUCUUGGUACUUUCUUAAUGUAUUUGGAUUACGUUCUAUUUAUACCCUUGUUCUUGGAGAAAGCAAUGCUGCAGAUGCUUUUAGACUUCAACAGGAUCAGGUAUCUGGUGCUGCAAUGUCAAUGCCACCAGAUCCAAAAGCUGCAUUCAAAUCAGAAUGGGAAGCAUUGGAAAUAUACGAACACAAUUGGGCAUUGCAGGGUGUUGAAGCAGAUCUUAUAGGUUCUCACAGGACAGACACUAACGAAGGUAACAAAUGAACAAAACGCAUCUAUAUCUUGAUAUAGUAUGUGCCAUUUUGGAAAAAUAAUCAAAGUUUCAAUUAAAUAUUAAAUGAACUAAUAAUUUUAACUAGCACAACAAAUAACAUUAUUCAUGGCUUUCUGUGAAAUAGUGUUUUAUGUUUCAUUAGAUCAUUUUAAUCACGUUUUGGUAUCUGAUUACACAGUUUGUUUGACAU